AUGCUAUCCUCUUCACUCUCAACUAUCUCGAGCUCGUCACUAGGGGAUUCUUUCUCGACUCCAUAUCCCACCCUUCCCACAGCUCUCCUUGUUCGUGAAUCAUCAUUCCCCUCCUUACUGACCGAGCACGAUGUCCAGAACUUCUCCUCCGCCGCCGUCGGCGGCCCCAUCUCCUCGACGGCUUCCGACUGCAUCGAGAUCCGAAGCCGCAUGUCGUACUCUUUCCGCCGGAUUUUGUCCGACAGCACGCGCGAGGCCUCUCCGACCAGCUUGAAGGCCUCUGCCGACGACGGGGACGGAAUCGCUCCACCUGCAGAAUCCGGUAGUAAUCCGGCGAGGAAAUCUGGUCGUCUGCGGCGGCGGCGUGGAGUAUUUCGAAGGCGGCCGUCGAGGGAUGGGUGGAGUUUGCGCGCGCGGUUGGCGUGCUUCAGGGCGGAUUUGAGGUCGCCGGAGGUGAAAUUCUCCUCGGCUAGUGUCUUGAAGCGGAGGGCUUCGUCUUCGGGCCGGGAUGGGCCGAUUGAGCCCGCGCUUUUGUCUUCGUCGGACAUUUUUGGGGAAGAUGAAAAUGAGAUGGGAAGAGUUGAAAUAUUUCAAGAAAAUUGA